GAGACAAUCAUUUGAAUUGUGAUUAUUAUGUGUUUUAAAUAUUUAUAUGAAUUGAAAGCAAACUAUUGUCUCAUAAGAAGUGGAAGAAUAACCACAAGAAGUGAUUGAGUGUUGAAUACAAACAACUAUUGAAUGAAUAAUAAUGAAUGAAAUGAAGAGAAGAAGAGUUGAUAUGAGAAGUGAUGGAUAUAUUAGAGACUCAAUGGACAGAUUCGGUGAUGAUUUGUGUCAACUAUUGUUGUCUUAUCUGUCACUCGAAGAGCGGUUCCGAUACGAAGAGGUGUCCAAACAGUGGCAGAGAGUUAUAUAUGAGACUCAAUACGAGAUCCCAAUUGAAAUCACAUAUAAAUAUCUGAAGAUAUUGUCCGCUAAAUACGGCCCACAAUUGAAGUGCAUUGCAGUCAACGAGAAUCGCUAUAAUCCACAGCCAAGCAAAACAUGUCUCAAGUUUUUCCCAAACUUAACCACAAUUCACACCGAUUUUGAUCCGUUAGCUCGACUGAGCAGCGGUUCCAGCGACCAGUCCAUCACCAAAUCGCUGCACUCUCUGUCACUCAACGACUUGUGUCAACAGUAUCUCCAGGAGUCGACCGCACGGUCCGCCUCACCGGCGGCGCCACCGAAAUACGCCGGACUUCACGGCGCAGUCGACGCAAUGCUUCGGGAGUUUAUCGCCAAACACCUGAUCCCGUGGGCAGAGAAACACAUCAAACUACUGGCCGACUACUGGCCCUCUCUAUAG